UUUUGUGUGAUGGCAAUUAUAUUCAAGUUGAACGAAGGGCAUAAUAUGCUAUGUGAUAUUGUUGAAAUUAUUAAAAAAAAUAAAAAGUGUUAAAUGUUAUUUAUAAUUUAUCUUUAAUAUCUACAAGUUUACCAUAUCUACUUUAGUGCAAGAUUGAAGACGAUUUAAAAGUUUUUUCGAGAGUUCUUCAGUAGAAAAAAAUGUAUUCUGCCAAUACACAACCAGGUUAUGCUCAAUAUCCUCCACCCUCGCAGCAGCAAUAUCCGCAACCUGGUAAUCAGCCAAACCAAUAUAAUAUGUAUAACCAACCGCCAUAUAAUCCAGGAUUUGCAUACAACCCAACUCCAAACCAAUAUCCGCCGCCUUACUCUCCACAAGGUUAUGGUCCAGUAAUUCAACAGCAGCCUGGCGCUCAUCAACCUCCUCCUGCAGCUGCAUCUGAUGGUUGGAUGGCAAUACCAGCUAGUAUUCCACAAAACUGUCCCAAUGGCCUUCAAUAUCUGACUACAAUUAAUCAGUUACUUGUGAAGCAGAAAGUGGAAUUGUUAGAAGCCUUUUUGGGUUUUGAAACAAACAACAAAUAUACUAUCAAAAACAGUGCUGGUCAGAAAGUUUUUUACGCUAUCGAGGAUAAUGAUUGCUGUUCGAGAAACUGCUGUGGACCAAUAAGACCAUUCGAAAUGAAAAUAUUGGAUAACUACAAAAACGAAAUCAUUCAUUUAUCAAGACCACUUGCGUGCCAAUCGUGUUUCUUUCCAUGUUGUUUACAGAGAAUUGAAGUAUUUUCGCCACCAGGGUGUCUAGUUGGAACAGUUGAACAAGAUUGGUCUAUUCUUACCCCAAUAUUUACCAUACGCAAUGCAGCUAAUGAAGAAGUUUUAAAAAUCGAAGGUCCCAUGUGUCGUUUUUCAAUGUGUGGUGAUGUUGAGUUCAAAGUCUUAUCCAAAGACUUGUCAACUGAAGUCGGUCGUAUAUCUAAACAAUGGUCUGGACUUUUAAGAGAAGCCUUUACGGAUGCUGAUUAUUUUGGAAUAACUUUUCCAAUGGACCUUGAUGUUCGUAUGAAAGCGGUUAUGUUAGGAGCUUGCUUUUUAAUAGAUGUCAUGUUUUAUGAAAAAAGAGGCAACAGAGAAAGUGAUGGAAUUGGAUUGUGCUAAUUUAUAUAAAUUCGUAACAUUAUCCUAAUCAAUUAUUUAAUAACUUGACUAAAAAUGCUACUUUGCCUUAACAUUUAACCGCAGUAUCCUAUAAAAAAAAAAAGCUAUUACUAAUAUAAUGAUGUGCCAAAAAUGUAAACUAUAUAAACAGGGGUCAUUGACCUAAUUGUAUUUAUAAGCACAAAGUUAUAUAUAUUUAAAAAUACUAAUGAUAGUAUAUAUUUUUAAUAGUAUUUCUUAACAAAAGCCUUUAUCUUAAAAUACAUAUUUUUUUACGCUUUUUAUUUGUUAUUAGACAAUAUAUUUGUUUUUCUCUUAUCCUAAAUGAUAUUUUUUACAAAAUAAUAUUUACAGUUUACACUUGCAUGAUGAGUAGAUCAACUUAUUUUUAUUUAUAUAUAUAUUUUUUUUUUCUUCUAAAUUUACAAAACAAAAAAAAUAUUUAUACUACUUUACAAAAUAGUAGGAAAAUGGUCUCACCUGACAAUUCAUGUUACCAUAAUACAAGAUAUAUACAAUCUUGUUAUUUAAAAAAGACAAUAAUUUUCUAGUCCAGUUCUUCUGAAUAAUCCUAUACAAUGUACGUUUUGUUUUGUGUUAUUUUUAUACAGUAUUUACAACAUAAAAUAUUUUACACACAUUUUAUUAGUAGUCUGUAGUAGUAUUAUUUGACAGUAUUACGAGCUAAAUUAUAUAACAUAAGAAUGCUU